GUGGCGCGUAUUCCGCGCAAGCUCACGCCGUUAUUAUUGAUCGAAACAUUUCGUCCGAUGGUCGCCACGGAAUACCACGGAAUGGUCCGCACACCGUAAAUAUUCGUUCAGUGCGCCGUGGCUGUGUGACUUACGCGGAUAAAAGCGUCGAAAAUACGUGGUGAAAAACGUGGCCGAACAUGAUCGGAGGAGUGACGGAGGACGGACCUCUUAUACGACCCGUCGAUCCCGUGUCGACGACAACGGUGGUCGUGCUAUGCAUCGGCGGCGUUUUUCUACUUUGCGCCGUCGCGAUGACCUGGUGGCUUUGCCGGCGACGUCGCGAACACACCAAACUGAAUUCCGACAAGUCCUUGGCGUUCAGACCGCCACACAGGAAACCGACGGCGGUUAAGAGUCCUGGCAGUACCAGCCACUAUCUGAAGAAGAGCCCGAGCCCCACGGGACCGGCCAAGAGUCCUCCGGGUUCCGGUGGACAGACGCCAAGCCCCACCGGGUCUCAAUCAUCGAAUCCUUACUCUCAGCCAAGGACGCCUCAAGGUACAGGUACACCGGCCCAAACACCUUCCGGCGACGUCACCUUGAGCAUCGAGAACGAACGCGACAAGGCAGAGAUCGAGAACAAUGAGAAGGUGGAACGCGAGAAGAAUCACACGUCGGAGAACAACAAGGACAAUUUGGGCCAGCUGGUGUUCAAGCUUCGUUACCUGAGCGAACAGAACGCGCUCGUGGUCACCGUCGUCAAUUGCAAGGAGCUGCCCGCGAGGGAACAGAAUGCCACCAGCGAUCCCUUCGUUAAACUAAAACUGUUGCCGGACAAACAGCAUCAGGUGAAGACAAGGGUGCUCAGAAACACCAGAGAUCCUGUCUACGACGAGGACUUCACGUUCUUCGGGAUAUCGAAGGAUCAGCUACAGAAAAUCAGCUUGCACUUCAUAGUACUCAGCUUCGAUAGAUACUCUCGGGACGAUAUUAUCGGCGAAUUGACGUGUGCACUCUCGUCGGUGGCCGGUUUGGACAACGCUGAUAACCAGGAGAUAUCAUUGUGUCGAAAAAUCUGCCCCAGAAGCCUGAAGAUUCAAUCGCAAGGUAGAGGAGAGCUGCUGGUCUCUCUUUGCUGGCAACCGAUCAACAGCCGGCUGACGGUGGUGGUACUGAAGGCGCAGAAUUUACCAAAAAUGGACGUGACAGGCCUGGCAGAUCCAUACGUAAAGAUCUAUCUUCUGUACAACAAUCAGCGUAUCGCCAAGAAGAAGACACGCGUGAAGAAACGCACCCUCUGCCCUGUAUUCAACGAGUCCUUCGUUUUCGACAUUCCAAACGAUCCGGAUGGUCUCAACAACGUCAGUCUUGAAUUCAUGUUGCUCGAUUGGGAUCGCGUUACGAAGAACGAGGUGAUCGGUCGACUCGAGUUUGGCGGGCCGGAUUGUCAAUAUUCGGCGUUGAAUCAUUGGAAGGAGGUUUGCAGCUCGCCGCAGAGGCAGAUAGCUGAUUGGCACAAAUUAAGGGAGUAACCAGUAUCUCCCGCACUAACGACUUUCCUGGAACCCCGUCUCCAAUUAUCCAAAAGCCCCCCACCAUCCUUCCCCAUUGUGAAACCACAGAUCCAACCCCUUGAAACCCUACGAUGAAGUAGGGUAUCUGUUUUGUAAACCUAAUACUCGAUGUAUAUUAGGCUUGAAGCGAGUGGCGACACGUCCACCCGCGAUCGUCGCGACUGAGGAUGCAUCGCGUGAAAAUUAACGUGAAUAACCGCUUCGAAACGCGCGAUUCUUUCCAAGUAGAACAUCGAUACGACUAUCGUCUUGUACCAGCAAGUCGUUUUCGUUCUCUCACCGUGUCUUGGGCGUAAAAAUUAAUCCAAACCGAUUACAAAAUCAUCGACGUACGCGCGCCAUUUUGUUUCCCCGAAUUCGAUCUUAAGUACCACUUCGAGUUCAUAAAGCUAAGAGAACAGAAAAAAAGAAAGCCAAGCGCGUGGAUCAGGAAAAUUACUUGUUGGGACAACCCGAUAAAACGUUUCUUAUAUUCGUUCGCGAUUUUAAGAGUGUUUCGAUAAUUAUCGAGUUCGAACGAGAUGCUUGCGCCUGACAAACGUGACUUUAGAAUUAUUUGUUCGGGUAUAGUUUGCAACGCUAAAUUGCUUAAGAAGAGAAACUAGUAUUCCGUCGAAUUGUCGAUGAAAUUGAAACAGACGGAAUUCUACGUGGGUGGAAAAAUGACGAGGUUAGUUAAAUCCGGUAGAGUUAUUUCGUUUUCUGCGAAUCGAGUUACGCCGAAUAGAGUAUUCGUCGAUCCCAGUGGCGGACGAUCGCGGGCGAAACGCAUACAAAAUGCUUUACGAUAUAAAUAUAGUUGUUAAGAUUUCCGACCAGAUGGCAAAGAGAGGAGGACGAAGCAGUUACUACGAGACAAUCGAGCAUCUGCAUCGGUUGUUGGAUACUACUGUCGCGAGCACAGGGCUGUGCUUCCGAAAGAAUCGUUGCUUUUUGACCUAAAAAUCUCGAGAAGGGAUCCUUGAUAUUCGCGUCGCGCCGUCGCGUCGUGUUGCACACGUUAGACCGUCGAGGAUGGAUUCGUAAUUUUUAAAAUUUUAAAUGACACACGUACGUAUACACUCGAACGGGGCAGGACUUAAACGCGACGUUCCACGAGAGAGAAUCGAGCGAUUAAUUUAGUAACGUAUGAAUAAUGCAAACGUGGAACGAAACGGUAUGAAAAUGGUAAACGCGUCGAACUUUGUAAUUCAUCGUUGAAUCGAACGAUUCCGGAUAUUUCGAGUAAACGACAAAUGAUCUCAGUGACAGAAAUUCGAGGCUAUUUAGUAACCGAAUAUGUUUAUUGUAAGCAAUUGUGUACCAACGGAUCAGCGACUCUCAAUUCGAAUAAUAAACCGUGUACUAACUGCAUACUAGAAUUUUCUUAUCGCGAAACAGAGAAACGAGUAUCGUUUAAGUAUAAAAUUGUCUUUCUGAAAACUCUCUGUUCGAAAUUAAACGUUUCGUUUCGACGCGAACGGUUGAGUUUCCUUCGAUCCCGAGAAAA